UUGUUUCCCUUUUUUCUUAUUUAUCUUUUGUAAAACUUUACCUUUUCUCUCCUUAAAAUCAAUCGUUAUCUUUCGCUUCUUUCUGCUUCUGCAACUUACAUGGCGGUUUUACCCACCAGCUCUUCUAACUUGGAGUUGACAAUAUCUGUUCCCGGCUUCUCUUCUUCCCCUUCUCUUCCUUCUUCUGGUGAUCAAGGGGGUUGUGCGGUGAGAGAUUUAGAUAUAAACCAAGUACCAUCGGGAGGAGCAGAAGAUGAAUGGAUCACAGCAAGCAUGGAGGAUGAAGAAGAAAGCUGCAAUGGAGCCCCUCCUCGCAAAAAACUUCGUCUUACAAAAGAACAGUCUCGCCUUCUUGAAGAAAGUUUCAGACAAAACCAUACCCUAAACCCUAAGCAGAAAGAAGCAUUGGCUAUGCAACUGAAGCUGAGGCCAAGGCAGGUUGAAGUUUGGUUCCAGAACCGUAGGGCCAGGAGCAAGUUGAAGCAGACAGAGAUGGAGUGUGAGUACCUGAAGAGAUGGUUUGGGUCACUAACUGAACAGAACAGGAGGCUGCAAAGGGAGGUGGAGGAGCUUAGGGCCAUGAAAGUAGGGCCACCAACCGUGAUUUCGCCUCACAGCUGUGAGCCUCUCCCAGCAUCAACCCUUACAAUGUGCCCUCGGUGCGAGCGCGUCACCACCACUGCCCUUGACAAGUGCCCCACCAAAAUGACCGCCGCCACCGCCACUGCCACCACAUUGUCGUCUAAAGUUGGAACAUCGGCCCUCCAAUCAAGGCCAUCUUCGGCGGCUUGUUAGUCAGGCUUAAUGACCCACUUUAAGAGUUUUUAAAAGGAAAUGAUUUUAGGGAAUGUUCAUAUUAGUUUACACAAAAGAAAUGUAAGGGAUAGAUACUAUAUGCUGGUAUCUAAUCUAUAUAGGGAUUUUACUUAUUAUUGCUUUUGCUUUGUCUUUAUUUUAUUGAUCAAUCUUUAAUUAUUAUUG